CAGAAGUGAAGAAGUCAGUAAAAGGACAGGAUAGCCUCAAGUACUAAGGUACCUACGAAUAGUAUCCGGACGUAGCCUUGCAAAAGGAGUGCUUUCCAAGGUUAACAUUGGGAGCUCCCGUUGAAUUCAUCUGAACCUCCUGCUCUAGCCCCAACCCUCCCCUUCCUUCCGCCGUGUGGUUCCAUUUACUUGACAACCAUAAAAAGCCGACCACUCCCUCAUCCUUGGGCCGUCAGUUGCAUCAGUCGCAUUCGCGGCAUCUACGCCCCCCCGCGAUAUUUCUCCCCGAUCUCCACCUUCACGAACCAGACCAUAUCACAAUAUCGACCAUGGAUGAACGGGAGCUUUCUCGGAGGAUCAAGGCGCUCGGCAAGGCGGUUUCCAGCAAUGAGCCGACCUCUGCCAUCAUUGCCAUCAUGGACAACCUGAAGAAGGAUGCGGCCCCGACGGAGGAGAUGUUGCGCGCUACCAAGGCUGGCGUCUUCGUCGGUAAGCUGCGGUCCAAUGCCGACAAGGAUAUCGCCAGGCUCGCAAGUGAGAUUGUCACCAAGUGGCGCAAGGGCGUCGAUGCCCAGAAGGCGAAGAAGGCUGCCCAGCGGGCGAAGUUGGCCUCCCCGUCCUCGACCCCGGCCAGCACCGCGUCUCCCGCCCCGCCGUCCACCUCCUCCAACAAGCCAUACGAGGGUGACACCGAGAAGCGCCACUUCAAGGAGGACAAGGUCGACAUCAACCGCACUGGCAGCACGAUUCGUGACAAUUGUAUUGGUAUGAUCUACAAUGGUCUUGCAUAUCGUGCUACGGACUCGAUCGAGGACGUUCUGCUGCGGUCGAUUGAGGUGGAGAAUGCGGCCUACCGGGCGUACAAGGGCGAUGGGCAGGACUAUCGCAGCAAGAUGCGCAGCCUGUUCAUCAGUCUCAAGAACAAGACUAAUCGCCAGCUGGGCCGUAAGGUCAUGUCCGGGGACAUCGCACCCGAACACUUCGUCAUCAUGUCUACUAAGGAAUUGGCAUCGGAAGAGCAGCGCGCCAAGGACGAGGCUCUCAAGAAGGAGAACAUGAAGAAGGCCCAGGUCCCGAUGGCGGAGAAGUCCAUCAGCGAUGCCCUGAAGUGCGGCAAGUGCGGCCAGAAGAAAGUUUCCUACAGCCAGGCCCAGACUCGGUCCGCUGAUGAACCUAUGACUACGUUCUGCGAGUGCACCGUCUGCGGCAAUCGCUGGAAGUUCUCCUAGGUGCCAAGCCACCAAUCCAGCGGCACAUUGCCCCUGGAAAAUCUCAUUACUUUUGCGAGGUUUGGUAUUUGGUCUAUGGCACGCCGUGAGAGACAGCAGCGCGCAUUUUGGCGCCACCCACGCUGUAAGUGGAACAGCUCGGAGUUCAAUGCGGCAAGGCAAACUGGUUUAGGAGUUUUCUGGGCAUACAGGGAUCGCGAUGAGUUGCAUUCUGAUAUUUUUUACUCAAGUUGAUAAACUUGCGUUGGCCGGCUCGCAUACAAGGAGCAUCGUAGGGCCUAGACCGUGUAUCAUAGGACCCGGAAUGAGACCUUUGGUACACCCCA